AUGCAAUACAGUGCAGCUUAUUUACUUGCUGUUCUUGAUGAUAAUUCAUCACCAGAUGUUGCUGCAGCUGCCAAACUUUUGAGUAUUGUUAGAAUUGAAUGUAAUGAAGAAUGUGCUCGAAAAUUAGUUGAUGCUUGUCAAGGUAAAGAUAAUAAACGAACAAAAGGAAAAAGUUAUGAUUGUAAAAUAAGAAUAUUAUUUAAGGUCGAUAAUGUAUUAACUUUUUAUCAAAAAUGUUAA